GGAAGACUCCUCGUAAACAGACAGUCGCAAGCACGCCGGGUUGGCCGGGGGGCAGUGAGAGGGAGCGGCGCGAAAGGGCCCAAGGAGGCGGGAGGCGGCGGCGCGCUCUCCGGGCCCUUCUCCCGCUGCCAUGGCGACGGCCCCCAGCCAGGAGGACUAUUACUUGGCGCUGUGUUCGCGGCCCGUGCAGUUCGAGAAGGCGAGUCCCGUGAAUUGCGUCUUCUUCGACGAGGCCAAUAAGCAGGUUUUUGCUGUUCGAUCUGGUGGAGCUACAGGAGUUGUAGUUAAAGGCUUGGAAGAUCGCAAUCCCAUCUCAUUCAGAAUGGAAGACAAAGGAGAAGUGAAAUGCAUAAAGUUUUCUUUGGGGAACAAGAUACUGGCUGUCCAAAGAACAUCAAAGAAUGUGGACUUCCUAAACUUCAUUCCAGAUAGCCCACAACUAGAAUAUACUCAAGAAUGCAAGACCAAGAAUGCCAACAUUUUAGGAUUUUGCUGGACAGGAUCUGCAGAAAUUGUCUUUAUAACAGAUCAAGGAAUUGAAUUUUAUCAGGUAUUACCAGAGAAACGAACUUUAAAACUUUUGAAGAGUCAGAAUAUCAAUGUAAAUUGGUACAUGUACUGUCCUGAGAGCUCUGUCAUUCUUUUGUCAACCACAGUUCUAGGAAAUGUUCUACAGCCAUUCUACUUUAAGGGUGGAGCUAUGUCAAAACUAUCAAAGUUUGAAAUUGAAUUACCUGCAGCCCCAAAGUCAUCCAAGCUUAGCCUUUCUGAAAGAGAUAUUGCUAUGGCUAUAAUAUAUGGGCAGCUUUAUGUUCUCUACUUGAGACAUCACUCAAGGACAUCCAACAGUACUGGAGCUGAGGUGGUUCUUUACCAUUUACCAAGGGAAAGCUCGUGUAAGAAGCUGCAUAUAUUGAAGUUAUACCGGACUGGCAAGUUUGCACUGAAUAUUGUGGAUAACUUGGUGGUAAUUCAUCAUCAGGAUACUGAGACCUCUAUUAUAUUUGAUAUCAAACUAAGAGGAGAAUUUGAUGGUACAGUUACCCUUCAUCAGCUUGUCCUUCCAGCUCGAUCCAUACAACCCUAUCAGAUUCCUGUGGCAGGUCCAGCUUCUGUAACCAGUCAACUUCCAGUUCCCUGUAAACUCUAUUCCUCGUCCUGGAUUGUGUUUGAGCCAGAUAUUAUCAUCAGCGCAAGUGAAGGUUAUCUCUGGAAUCUGCAAGUGAAACUUGAACCUAUAGUAAAUCUGUUGCCAGACAAAGGGAAGUUAAUGGAUUUCCUUCUGCAGCGAAAAGACUGCAAGAUGGUUAUUCUUUCUGUUUGUUCUCAGAUGUUAAGUGAACCAGACAGAGGAUCAUUGAGUGUGAUUGCCACUGUUUUUGACAAACUCAAUAAUGAAUAUAAGAAAUACCUGGAAGCAGAGCAGACUUAUAACAUGGCAUUAGAAACUGGACAGAGCAGAAGCCAUCCACCCCCAAAACGACCAGUCCGUACCCAGGCAGUUAUUGAUCAAUCAGACAUGUAUACUCAUGUCUUGUCUGUCUUUACAGAAAAAAAGGAAGCACCUCACAAGUUCACUAUAGCUGUCUUAAUGGAGUAUGUUCGUUCACUCAACCAAUUCCAGAUAGCUGUUCAGCAUUAUCUGUAUGAAUUGGUUAUCAAAACCCUUGUUCAGCACAACUUAUUCUAUAUGCUUCACCAGUUCCUUCAGUACCAUGUUCUCAGCGAUUCAAAGCCUCUGGCCUGCUUAUUAUUGUCUCUAGAGAGCAUUUACCCUCCAGCACAUCAACUCUCCCUGGAUAUGUUAAAGAGGCUUUCUACAGCAAAUGAUGAAAUAGUGGAAGUUUUGCUGUCAAAGCAUCAGGUACUUGCUGCCUUGAGAUUCAUCAGGGGCAUUGGAGGACAUGAUAGCAUUUCUGCUCGCAAGUUCCUUGAUGCAGCCAAGCAGACUGAAGAUGAGAUGCUCUUCUAUACCAUAUUCAGAUUCUUUGAACAGAGGAAUCAGCGAUUACGUGGAAACCCUAGUUUCACUCCAGGAGAACAUUGUGAAGAACAUGUCGUGUUUUUUAAGCAGGUUUUUGGAGACCAAGCACUAAUGAAGCCUACCACUUUUUGAAGUAGUACAGCUAUUUCAAUACAAAAUGUAUAAACUUAAUUUAUUGCAUUUCUGUACUGAUACUUUUGACCUACAAAAAAUCCUAUUUUAUAAUAAAGUAUAUAUACAGAC